AUGUCCACUUCCGGCCGGCGAACAUUUCGUGCCGAACAUGGCGAGUGCCAUUGAUGAUCUGUACGCUGUGCAAUAUCGCUACUCACCUUUUCAUUCAUUCCCUUUCAUCCUCUCAGUUGGCUCCUUUCUGCGCCCCAGAGCGGUGCACGAUGCUCGAGCAGCAUUCGCCGCCCAAAAGCUGGACGCAGCUGGUCUUCGCGCUGCGGAAGAUGCGGCGAUCCGGGAGCACAUCUCUACGUGUCUGUCGCUCGGUAUCAGGGACUUGACGGACGGAGAGUUCCGCAGACAAUACUUUCACAUUGAUUUCCUCAAGCAUCUAUCCGGUGUCUCGGUGCAGAAGAAUAGCCUCGAGCAACAAGAGGGUCACAUUCCUCCAACGUUGGCCGUAGUGGGCAAGAUCAAGCACGAGCGCGACAUUGAAGUCGACAACUUUGAGUUUCUCAAGAGCAUCGUGCCCAGGGCGCAAUGGAACGGCAUCAAGGUCACCAUACCAAGUCCGACGAUGCUGCACUUCCGCGGAGGAAGGAAGGCCAUCGAUGAGCAGGUCUACCCGGACCUCGACGACUUCUUUCAGGAUCUGGCAGCGGCAUACAGGGCUGAAAUAGACGCGCUGUACAAGGCUGGGUGCCGCUACCUGCAACUGUGAGUAGCGCAAGCUUGAAAGGUCAAGAGGUGACUUUCGUUGAUCGAGCUUUCGUGCUCUUUUGUCGCUUGGAAAUGUAGUGACGACACCAAGUGAGCCCGUGCUACGCAUACCAUUCUCCAACCUCGCAGCUCAUCCUCGAUGCCAAUCCUACCCGUGCUCCCGCUCCCACAGCUUGGCCUACCUCACAGACCCAAAAAUGAGGGCAGACGCAGCAGCUAGAGGCGAAGAUCUUGCGACCUUGCCACAUCGCUACGCAGAGCUCAUCAACAAGGCCAUCCAAUCGCGACCGCAGGACAUGCUAGUAGGUAUUCAUCUCUGCAAAGGCAACUUCAAAAGCCAAGUGAGUGGCUGGCUGCUCUGCUGCGUGCAUUGAUCGGCCUCUUCGGAUCCCUGACACUCGCUUCCUUGGCCGCCAUGUGGCUGCGUCCCCUGACCAGUUCUUCGCAGCAGGCUCCUCAGAAGGCUACGCGCCGAUCGCCGAAGCGCUCUUCGGCAAGCUUCAAGUGGAUGCUUAUUUCCUCGAGUGGGAGGACCAAAGGUCUGGCGUGGACUUCUCCGUGCUCGGCGCUCGACCAGCAGGGGAAAACGCCAGGCCGUACCUCGAUGCUAGCAAGACCGUGGUGUUGGGCUUGGUCAGUAGCAAGGUGGGCAAGUUGGAAGACAAGGAAGAGCUCAAGAGGAAGCUGCACGAUGCUGCCAAAUUCGCUCCAGCUGGCUUGGAACAGCUUGCGAUCAGCCCCCAGUGUGGUUUCAGGUGAGCUGAUGCUGACUCCCCCAUAAUCGACCUCGAAACGUGCUGAUGGGGAAAUCCCUUCAUGCACAGCUCUACGGUGCAUGGCAACUCCAUCACAAGCGACGAGCAGUACGCCAAACUGAGGCUUUGCAAGGAGGUAGCAGAAGAGGUCUGGGGAAGCGCCUGA